AUCCUUGUAAUCUCCCGAAGGAUCUCAUUUUGAUUUGGGGGCGUGAAAAAAGUUUGGUUUCUGUUUUAUCUAAAAAUAAAUAAAAAAAACAAUAAUCCUCGUUAAGCAUGAGAUUUUCCAAGCUCCAUUUAUGGCUAUUGCUCUGGUGGUUGGGACGUUUAAAGAUCAAAACUUUACGUCUCUUUUGCGGUUCUGAAGUUUGUACUUUUGAUCAUUACAUGUAUUUGGAGCUGCCCAGGUCUAAAAGAGAGCCUGUUUUUUUGUUCACUUGUGAGUGGAGGAUAAGGUAUGAAGCUCUUUAUGCUGCGCACCGCCGUGGCGACUCCUCUGAGAUCAAUCCGUAGAGCUUCUUUCUGUAGUUCUACUUUGAAAUGGGAAGGUGGAGUUUCUAUGGUGCAGGGGGCUUCGAGAGGAAUUGGAUUUGAAUUUGUUAGGCAGUUACUGGAGAAAAAUAAUAAAGGGCAUGUUAUUGCUACGUGUCGGAACCCUGAUGGAGCAACAGCACUAUUGGAGUUGAAAAGGAAGUUUGAGGAACGCCUCAGCAUACUAGAGUUGGAUGUCACAAAUGAAAACACCAUAGAGGCUUCAGCAAACUUCAUCAGAAAAAGAUAUGGUUCCCUCAACCUUCUAAUUAAUGCAUCUGGCAUUCUUUCAAUACCUGAUGUAUUGCAACCAGAAACAACUUUGAGUAAGGUGCAAAAGUCAUCUUUGAUGUAUUCUUUUGAGAUUAAUGCAGUGGGCCCUAUAUUAGUAAUCAAGCACAUGUGGCCUCUUCUAAAAUUGGGUGGACACUCGGGGGCAGAAAGAGAUGUUGCUAUUGUGGCAAACCUGAGUGCAAGGGUAGGCUCCAUUGGAGAUAAUCACUUAGGGGGAUGGCAUUCAUAUCGAUCUUCAAAAGCAGCACUUAAUCAAUUGACAAAAAACAUCUCGUUGGAAUUUGCACGGAAGAAAGAUCCAAUCAUUUGCAUUUUAUUGCACCCGGGCACAGUGGAAACAGAUUUGUCAAGGCCUUUUUUGAGAAAUGUUCCUAAAGGAAAGCUCUUCACUACCGAAUUCUCAGUACAAAAGCUCCUAGGCAUUAUCAACAAUGCAAAGCACAAUGACAAUGGAAAGUUCUUCGCUUGGGAUGGUCUAGAAAUUCGUUGGUAAUGUACCCUAUUGGUCAUGUAUCUUAUCGUUACAUAGAAAAUCAUGUUAUUCAUCCAGCGUUUCCUUGUGGAUAACUGUAUGUGGACCCAUCAAAACUUGAAUGAAUCAUUUGUUUUCUCAUUUUUA